GGUAGAUAAGCUCAGAAGAUCUGAAGAAGAUGAAGAAAAAGAGGAAGACAUUGAAGUACCAAAGGCCAUGGGGGAUAUAUUUGAGUCCCUUGCUGGUGCCAUUUAUAUGGAUAGUGGAAUGUCUUUGGAAAUGGUGUGGCAAGUGUACUAUCCAAUGAUGAGGCCAUUAAUAGAGAAAUUUUCUGCUAAUGUGCCCCGUUCUCCAGUGCGAGAGCUGCUGGAGAUGGAGCCAGAGACAGCCAAGUUUAGUCCUGCAGAAAGAACUUACGAUGGAAAGGUCAGAGUAACAGUGGAAGUUGUAGGAAAGGGAAAGUUUAAAGGUGUUGGCAGAAGCUACAGGAUUGCCAAAUCUGCAGCUGCGAGAAGAGCACUACGAAGCCUCAAAGCAAAUCAACCUCAGGUCCCAAACAGCUGAGACUCCUCUUAAAAAGAAAUAAAAUGGGGGAAAAAACACAAAUAAAGAAAAUUUUUAAAAAUGUUGAUGUUGAGAGGAACAAAUUGGAAGACAGAAUUUAAAGUUUGUUUGAUAACAGAAUAAAUAACAAAACAUGUAACAUGUAUAAAAUUUUGGAACUAAUUGUAGUUAUAGUUUUUUGCGCAAACACAAUCUUGUCUUCUUUCCUCACUUCUGCUUUGUUUAAUCACGAGAGUGCUUUAAUGAUGACAUUUAGCAAGUGUUCAGAAUAAUUGUUGUCAGGUCUUUAUGGUUUACUUUUGUUGUCAGUACAGCUUUGCUUAGUGUUAGAAGGCCAGGGAGCUUAUGCCUAAUGCAGUUGCUAGGUUUAUAUAUAGUAAUCUUGAAAUUCUUCAAUCUGUGCACUAGUGCCAGUCAUAAAGCAGUUGAUAAACUGUGCUGGAUGAUUGGGUAUAAGAAAGAAUAAGUGUGCCAGUAUUCUCUUUUUUUUUUUUC